AUGGAGCUCGAUGAAACGUACCAGGUCCGCCGCCUGACGGUGCCGGGGACUUCGGUGGAUAUUCGCAGGUCGAAAUCCGUUGGUAGAGAUGAGCGGCACGGUUCCAUGCUUGAGCCUCCGAGGGAGUUGGAACGGAGACGCUCGCUGUCGACAACUCGAUCGGUGAAAGGAUACGUCUAUACUCCACUGGAUCGACGAGCCAAGAGGGCGAUUCGCAUCAUUCGUGUAGAGCCCGAUCUGGAGAGGGGCUACAUAUCAUGCAGGAUUAAGGAGACGACGGUCGAAUCCUCCUACUCCGCGCUGUCAUAUACCUGGGGCAGCGACCGCGAAGAUCAGGAGACCAUCCUCAUCAAUGGCCAGCCGUUCAGCGUACGACAGAAUCUCUACACCUUCCUCAAGCACGCGCGGAAGCACCUCGCCGACAAGGCGCUGUGGGUCGACGCCAUAUGCAUCAAUCAGCAGGAUCUUGAGGAGAAGAACCGACAGGUCAAGAUGAUGUGGAGAAUAUACUCCGAAACCAGAGAAGUCCUUGUGUGGCUGGGAUCAAAGGUUGAUCAUGUCGGCUACGCCAUCCGCUGCAUGCAGAAGUAUGUGAACAUGAAUGAUGCUGAGAUGGCGCUCACGAGCGCCCGAGAUGACGAGUUCUGGGACGGGUUUCGAGCUAUCAAUUCAGCCAUGUACUGGGACAGAGUAUGGGUAAUCCAGGAAUUCACCCUUCCCGAGAAAGGCCGCAUCAUCUGCGGCGACCGCUGGGUCACAUUUUCCACUUUCCAAGACACCAUCCGCCGUUUCGACAACAAGAUCCACCGCUUGGUACUCACUCACCUUGUCUUCUCCUCGCGCAGGUCGCACGACUUCGCUGAUUACAUCUCCAAUAUACACCCCCUCUGGCAACGUCGCCUCGAGUACGAAAAGUCUGCCAAGCACAAAGCCUCGGCAAACUGGACCACCCUGUCUGGCACCCGCUAUUGCCAGAACCUGCGCGACCGCGUCUACGGCAUCAUGCCUCUCGCCACCCACGGCUCCUCCCUGAGCGUCGACUACAACCUCACACCGCUAGAGCUCCUACUCGAGUCCAUCUGGCUCGAGCACUCAAGCUCUAUCGACCGGACCGACGUGCUCAUGAAUCUAGCCAACAUCCUGCUCCUCACGCCCGCCGCCAUCUGCAUGUACGCCGCUACGGCUACCUCGCGCGCCAAGUACCACCUAUGGAAGAGCAAUUUGCCUCGCGACCGCGCAGAAGCUCUCGCCCUGCACACCCGCGCGGCCAGCUCGCGCGGCCGGCAGCGUGCCUGGCUUGACGCCGCCUCUCCGGGGAGUGAAGAGGUCGUCUGGCGCAACUUUGCUGCCGACCACCGUCUCAGGCUGCCCAAGGGCUUCCCCAUCUUCCCAGGCCGCCGCCAAUGUCCCUGGCAGAUGUUCGUGUACACGUCGACGCGCCACGGCCAUUUCGGUCUCAAGCUCGCGAUCGAUGCUCGCGGCGUGCCGGAUGAGAGGGGUCGCGUGGACGACAGGGAAUACCGGGGUGAGGAUCACAUGGGCGGGGCCGAGUUUAUGGAGGUUAAUCGGAAGAGUGCUAUGGCUUUGGGCGUUUAUCGAACUACGUGUUCACCAGUUGAGUUGACCGUGUAUUAUGCGCUUGCGGAUGGACUGGAGGGGAUGGGACAUACCGAUAAUAAGGCGGGCGCGUUCGAGGAGGCGCUCGAUGGGUUUAAGGGGUUGGAUAUCGAUCUUUGA